AUGGAGCUGCACAGCUUGCAAGAGGCGUUAAAAGUGGAAAUCCAAUGUCAUCAGAAACUAAUUGCACAGAUGAAGCAAGAUCCACAGAACGGGGAUCUUAAGAAACAAAUCCAUGAAAGGCAAUCAAGGAUAGCAGCUCUUAAUGAGAAACAAAAGCUGGCGGUGCGGAGCUGCCCUGCGGCCGUGCUGGUUGGCGGCGGCUCCGGCGGCAGCACCAAGUCCGGCGGCGUCCCGGCGCUCCUUAAGGCACCCGGCGGCGGCGGCGGGAGUCCCGGCGGCGGACCCGCGCAGAACCUGGCCAUCUCCGUCGUGCCGGCCAAGGCGCCCAUCGCGAUGGUGACGGCGCACCUGAACGGCGGGCUGGGCGGCGGCGGCGGCGAGCCCCCACAGAGCGCGCCCAUCAACCUGCAGACCACGGGCACUCGCCGCCCGCCCGAGCUCGGCGCCCGCGCCCAGACUUUGGGAACUAUCACUGCAGUGCCCAUUAAGGUUCCUCAGGUCAGCUCCUUGCAGAGGUUGGCAGGACAAGGACCAGCAGUGCUACCUCAGGUUAGGCCAAAGACCCUGAUUCCAGACAGCCUCCCUAUUUCCCCAUGCAGAGACCAACCAUCCAAGCAGCCUCCAACCUUCCAAAAGGCGACCGUCGUCAGCAUCAAAAAUCCCAGCCCUGCCCUCCCCACUGCCAACAACACCGUCAGCCAUGUAGAGACGCCUAACAGCCAGGCACAGAGCGUCACCGAUCCUACCCCUCUCUCAUCGCCUCUGAGCAGUGCCGGUGUGGCCUACGCCAUCAUCUCCACCUCCCCCAGCAAUGCAGCCCCUAUCAGCACCAGCGCUACUGUCUCUGUGGUCAAUGACAGCAUCAAAGUGCAGCCACUCCUCAUCAGCGCCGAUAGCAAGGUUAUCAUUAUUCAGCCUCAAGUCCAAACCCAGACAGAAAGUAAAGUGGAGACAAAGAAACCUCCUGAAGAGUCAGCUCAGGGACCCCCUGCUACCAAAAAGAAAAAGGAGGAAAAUCCAGAGAAAAUUGCCUUCAUGGUAGCAUUAGGACUGGUUACCACAGAACAUUUGGAAGAAAUUCAGAGCAAACGUCAGGAAAGGAAGAGAAGAAGCACAGCAAAUCCAGCCUACAGUGGACUCUUGGAAACAGAGCGGAAACGUCUUGCAUCAAAUUUUUUGAAUAACCCCUUGUUCCUUUCAACAAGAGCAAAUGAGGAUCCAUUCUGGAAGAAUGAGAUCCACCAUGAUGAAUACUGCACUGCUUGCAAGCGUGGCGUUAACUUGCAGCCCUGUGGCACGUGUCCCAGGGCGUAUCACCUCAACUGCUUGGACCCACCCCUCAAAACUGCCCCCAAGGGGGUCUGGGUCUGUCCAAAGUGCCAACAGAAGGUGUUAAAGAAGGAUGACAAUGUGCCAUGGUCUGGAACUCUAGCUAUUGUUCACUCCUAUGUCACUCACAAAACAGUCAAAGAAGAAGAGAAACGAAAGUUAUUGAAGAGAAGCAGCGAGCUGAAGAGUGAGCACAGACAGUUAGAAGAAAAAGAUCGACUUCUUAACAAUGCAGUGAAGAAAUGCUUAGAGCUAAAAAGCAGCCUGUUAGCCCAGCAGAAGGGGACUCAGUCAUCGCUGGAACGUCUCCGAACCCUCAUUAGACUGAUACAAAACGAGCAGAUGAUUCAGGUUACCAUGACGACCACCACCACCUCGUCCCUGCUCACCAUGCCCUGGAUCAAGCCCUCCUCGGCCUCCGCCGCCAUGCACCAGACCUUGCAGCACUCGCAGGGCCACAACUGA